AUGCUAAAUGCAGCAACCAGCUGUAUAGACACCCUGAUAGCCCCCUCAGCUGCUAUAAACCCCCUACUACCUUACACCGCCUUCAACGCCUGCGGAGAAGAGAUAAAGUGGAGGCCCCUCCCUCUCCCCAAAGGGUCCCCACUGCUGGGCCCCGGCAACACUAUCUACCCUCCCUACUUUGGUAACUGCAAGGGGGGGCCCUCGUCCCCUAUUUCAGUUGCAGAUAGCCCCACCGAGGGCCCCUCGGGCGGCGAAGCGGAAGAGCCUGAGGAGUUCUGGGACCCCAGCAGGCCCUACUGUUCCCCUCCCCGCAGCGCGGCGAAGCGGAAGAGCCUGAGGAGUUCUGGGACCCCAGCAGGCCCUACUGUUCCCCUCCCCGCAGCGCCUCUUGUGAAACAUCCGCUUCAAACGAGUGCCCCCGCAGCUUUCUCGCUGGUCUCUUGUGGGGCCCGCGGCUGGUUGGGGCGCCGUCCGGCGGUAUUGGAGAAGCACCUCUUCUGUCUCUACAGCAUCAUGUUCUGCUGUUCUGCCCCCCGCCGCCGCGCGGUGUCUCGCGAGCCCUCUGGGCUGUAUGGGGCGUUCGAUGUGCCUGCCCCUGAAGUACCUUUGUCUGCUCUGGGGGACCCGCAGCCUUGGUACUUCUUCGGCAGCAAAAGUACCCCAGUCUGCUGCUACACCUGGGAGGCCCGAAACCCCAAGGGAAUUGCUGUGCUGCUGCAGGGGCCUGACGGCUCCUGCUUGCACCACUGGCUCGCAAGGAGAGCUCCGAAGGCAGAGGAAGCAGAACAAGCAGCAGCAGCUGCUGCUGAUGCAGAAUCUGAAGCUGGAGGUCUCCCCCUAAUUCCCGUGCAGGUGGAGGAGCAGCAGCAGCAGCAGCAGCAAGUAGAGGCUGAGGGGAAAGGAGGUGCCUCAGUGCAUGAAGAGGUGCGGCCUUCUUGGCUCUGCUGCAGACCUGCCUCUUCUGCUGCUGCAGAUUCACGGCUCUCCUCACUACCAUCGAAGGCAGCAACAGCAACACCACCCCUCUCGCGCGGAGGGAGCAGCAGCUUUGUUUUUGACGCUGCUGGUGUUGCUUCCUUCUCCUCUAUCCCCGAUCACCAGAAGAGUCUCAUUAAGGAGCAUCUAAAGCUGAGCUUCGAGGGCCUAGAAGGGCUCGAGACCCCAAGAGCUACUGUUGCUGCUGCUGCUGCUGCUGCAGCUGCGCAGCGUGAAGCAAGCAAGGAGAGCAAUGCGAAAACCACCUCCUGUUUGGGGGCCUGUGGUGGAUCCGCGGGAUCGACGGGGUCUGCGGGAUCGUCGGGAUCGCCGCAGCUGUCGUACGAGGGAUCGUGGGUGGAGCGGUUUGUUCUUGCGGGGUAUAGAGUUGUGGGGUUCGAGGUGCAGACAGCGUUUGGGGCCCGUAGGGGCUGCUGCAGCCGCACCGGUAUAGGGUUCAAUGAUCUGGUUGAUGAUAUAUGCACGCUGAUGCAGGCCCUUGCAAACUACUCCUCGCUCCCUAUCUUUCUUGUGGGUAGCGACGUCGGCGGCAGCGCAGCGCUCAGAGCAGCAGAAACCCUAGCUAAGGAUGGCCUCUUGGGGAGACCUGCAGCAGCAGCAUCAGCAGCAGGCGCACACAAACAGAAGCAGCAACGAGGCAGAACAGAGAAACGGGAGCAAGUCCAGGAGCAGCAACAGCAGGAACAGGAAAAGCAGCAGCAGCAGCAGCAGCAGCAAGAGAAGGACAAACAGCAAGAGCAGCAGCAACUCCAGCUAGAAGCCCUAGAGGGAGCGACGGCCUCUACGGCGAGCUCUCACCGAGGCUCUCUCGAUGGGAAGGGUGCUGCUGCAUCGAUUGGUGCUGCUGGUGCUGCUACUAGUGUGGGGUGUACGUUGGAGGCGGUGAUAGAGGAGGAUGAGGAGGAGGUGUCAACCAGCAGCGCAGCAGCAGCAGCAGCAGCAAUGGGUGCACAUCAUCGUAUAGUGCGGCAGAAACCAGUGCCUCUGGCGGGGCUUGUUCUUCUCUCUCCUGUGCUGGAUGCACCUGAGGCGGUGACGGCUUGCAACGCUUGCUCUGUUCCUACUUUCUUAGAAAGAGUCAAAACGUGGCUGUACCCAUGGGGGUCUGCUCCCGCAACAAACAGUGAAGACGAGGCCUUCAACCGCCAGCAGAAUCUCCGCAGCAUCUGGGAUGCUGAUCUGGCGCGAGGUGUACAUACAGCACAGGAGGAGGUGUUGUGGCUGAGACGGCCUAUACUAAGAGACGCUCAGCAACCCUUCAGCAUCAGCGACUGGACGAAACUCUUCCACCGCAAGCUCGCGGACAAGGAAAACCAGAGUCUUGUCGAUACACCCCAGCAGCAGCAGGAGCAGCAGCAGCAGCUGGAGAAGAGCUUGGAGGAGGUUGCGGGAAAGGGAGAAGGAGCAGAGCGCGGGACGCAGCAGCAUCUGUCUGUAUUGGUGUUGCAGUCUCUUGAUGAGUCUGGUGCAUCUCCUCUCCCUUCAGUGCGGCUAUUUGAAGGCCUUGGGGGCAGAGCCAAGCUACCUGAGCCCUGGGCCUCUAUCCGGCGAGAAGAGCGCCGCAAGGAGCGCGAAGCAAGGCGGCAAGCUGCUGCUGCAGCUGCAGCAGCUGCUGCUGCUGCUGGUGAACAGGGCGUGCAGGCGCUUGGUGAGGCCAGAGAAGAAGGAGAAGAAGAAGACGAAAUAAAAGGAGCCCGCAAGCCAAAUGCUGCUUUUGAGGCGGAGUUCCUGUCGCGGGCUGCCUCACAAGUAGAGAGACGAGCGAAUGAAGAGCUCCGAUGCGCAGAGGCAGCAGCAAGGACAGCUGAGCUUGCUGCAGCAGAAGGUAACGGAGAAGCAGAACAAAUGAUUGAAGCUGCUCUUAAGGCCAUCAGUGCAGCCAAUAAAACCCUAGAAAGAGCACAUACACUAGACAGACUUGCCUCACAGGCCAGCGAUCGCCUCGAAGAAGAACGAAAGAGCAUCGCUGCAAAAUUCAAAGAGUUGCAGACUGACGCAGUACCUGCUGUAGCAGUAACUGCACCAGAAGCUACAACACCAGCUGCAGCAGCAGCAGCAGAGAGCGGAAAUGCAGCUCAGCAGGAACAAGAGAAGGCAACCAAACCGAUAGAGAAGAAAGAAGAAGAAGAACAGACACUGCAAAAGGGAACAGCCAACGAAGACGGGGCGGCUGCAGCUGAGAGGCAAGCUUACUGCUGCGGCUGCGGCAGUGGUGCACCUGCGGAAAGCAGCAUGAAGAUUUCGAAGCGAAUAAACAAGAACAGAAGAAGAAAGGACAGCAGCGGUAACUUCCUUCUUGCCUGCUGCACAUGCAGGCAGCGACAGCCUACGAAGCCGAGGCUUGCUUCUGGCCUGUACAUGAAGAGAAAGAGAUGGAGCAGAAUACCAGGGAUGGUGCUUGAUGAAGACGGCUGUCUUGUUGAAGUUGAAAACGCGAAACAACUGAUGGAUGAGGUCCGGGCGAACGGCUUCGAGCCCUUCCCUGAGCUCCCCAAAGGAGCCGUAGAAGAUAGCAGCGAUGAAGAGGAUGAAGAAGAUGAUUUGCAUGAAGACGAACUAAGUGAUGGCACAAAAAUUUUCUUCUCUCGCAUCACCAACACACUUGAAGACGGGGGCCUGCAGCUGUGGCUACUACGCGGCAGUGGGCCUGUGCUAGUAAAGGAACAAGGGGUAGAGGAACUACAGAUGGAUAUCAUUUCGAAGUUUAUUGAACCUGCUAUAGACAGAAUCGCGGCAGUGUCACAAGGUCAGAAAGCAGCAGCUUAG